UAAGCAACCAAUUGUUGCCUUACGGUGUCUUACAGUGUAAUUCUUUGCGCUAGCCAAACAAAGACAACCCAGCAAAGAUGCAUUCCACCACAUGUGGUAUUGGGGCCAGCAGCAGUAGCAGCUCACCUCCAACGCCUUCAAUGCAACAGGCUGCUGCUGAUGGCUUAAAAAUGGGUCUAAGCAAUAACGAUGAUGCUAUGAACAAAAUUCCUCUCAAGUCAGGAGUCGAUGAUGAAGAGAAAAAUGGCGGUGAAUUUAUCCAUGACACAGCGACAGCGGAGGAGGCGAGACGAGAACUGAGGCGGGUGAAGUUGCUGAAUUUAAUGAAAAAGUUAACCAUCGGCAUAAUAUGUUUCAUUGGUAUUGCCUUAAUUAGUUAUGUUAUCAUCAGUUUAUGUUUUAGUGAUGAUAAUAGCAAUAAUAAUGGCCCCGCAGUAGCAUCAACAUCAACAAGUCCUUUCAACAGCAACAGCAGCAGCAGUAACGGCAGCGACAGCAGCAGCAACAAUCAAACAUUGUCAGCCUCCAUAUUGGGUGUGGGCGCAGGUGCCACAACAACAGCGUUGCCACCCGCCUCACAACAGCCAACAACAGGUGCCAGCGUUACAAGUGGUACUACAACUGAAGCCUCGCCAGCAGUGGAGAAAGCUGCUGCAAACGAUGAUAAAGAUGCUGAUGAUGGCGCUGACGACGGCAAGGUGAUGAUGACUGAAGUGAAAGACAAUUCCCUGCUCAAGGAUGAACCAAUUGAUGUGAAGAAUUUCACUUCAAAGUUGGGCGUUUAUGAAAAGGCAGCCGUGUGUUCAGAUAAACCCGUUUGCAGUCAAAUUGGCAGCAACAUUCUUAAAGAGGGAGGCAGUGCCGUUGAUUCCGCAAUUGCUGCUCUCCUAUGUAACGGCAUUGUGACCAUGCACAGCAUGGAUGGCGGUGGUAUGCUGAUGAAUGUUUACAUCAAGGAAGAACAGGCCUAUUCCGUGGAUGGUCGAGAAGUGGCUCCAUUUGCUGUUACCGAAGAUAAGUUCAAUAAUGUGGAUAAUCAUGAUCUGUUGCAUGGUCCCCUGUCCAUUGCGGUGCCCGGUGAGUUGAUGGGCUAUCAUAGGGCCCACGAGAAGUUUGGCAAAUUGCCAUGGAAAAAAUUGGUUGAGCCUUCGCUUCAAAUCUGUAAAGAUGGUUUCUAUGUCACCAAACAUCAGUACAAUGCCUUGGCCUACAAGGAUAAGCAUAUGCGGAACAAUACGAUUUUGAAGAAAAUGUUUUACAAUGAAACCACCAAUACCAUCCAUCCAAUUGGCACCCAUAUCAAGCCCGCCGAGGAGCUAUGCAAUACCUACAAACUAUUGGCCGAAAAUGGACCCUAUGAUUUCUACAACGGCACUUUGGCUCGCUUGGUGGCCGAGGAUUUACGCGUGGGCAGUUUGGUUGAUUUUGCCGAUUUGGAAAUCUACAGAGCCGAUUUGGUUAGUUCGGUAACCAUGCAGUUGGGCAAUGAUAUUCUCUAUGCCAAUCCUCCGAUUAGUAGUGGUACUGUUGUGGCCAAUAUUUUAAGUAUUUUGGAGGGCUACAAUUUCUCCAGCAUUGAUAUUAAGGAUACCAAACAUGAGGCCGUGACAAUUCAUCGUAUCACCGAGGCUAUGAAAUUUGGUUUUGCCAAACGCUGGGAAUUGGGAGAUGCCAGAUUCAAUGAUGUCAGAGAUUUGGUCAGCCGCUUGACAAAUCCAGAGACUGGCAAUGAAUUGAGAAAUAAAAUCAAUGAUAGCCAUGUUUUGGAAAGCAUUGCAGAAUAUGGCGCCCAAUUUACAGGCGAGGAUGAUGUGGGCACCAGUGCCUUGGUAGUUAUUGCUCCCAAUGGCGAUGCCGUUUCCGUCAAAGCUCACUUUGGUUCCGGUUUGGCUGGCAAACGCACCGGCAUCAUUUUCAAUAGCGCCAUGAACGACUUCUCUCUGCCCGGCAAAAGUAAUCUCUUUGCCCUGCCACCGUCUCCAAACCAUUUUAUGAUGCCCAAAGCGUCCGCUCUCCUCAAUGUCUCCAAUGAUUUGGCCGAUCGUGAGGGCGAUGUAAAAAUGGUUGUGAGUGCUGCUGGCGGUUCGAAAAUUAUCUCAGCUCUUGUUGAGGUUAUGGCUGGCGUUUUGUGGAUGAAUGAAGACAUAAAGAAGGCCAUUGAUAGGCCUCGUUAUCAUCACCAGUUGUCACC